AUGAUUAAGACAAAGGUACUAACAAGAACAAUCUUUUAUUUUUUAUUAGUCCGUGGUUAUGAUCCAUUAACUCCUCCAGACCUUUUACAACAUGAAUACCCAUUGACACCCGAAUCACAGAAAAUUAUAGUUGAAGGUAGAAAUGCUGCUUGUGAUAUUUUGAACGGCAAGGACGAUAGGUUGAUUAUUGUUAUUGGACCUUGUUCGAUCCAUGAUCCUCAAGCUGCCUUGGAUUACUGUGAAAAAUUAUAUCAAGCAUCUGAAAAGCACAAGGGUGAAUUAUUGAUUGUUAUGAGAGCAUAUUUGGAAAAACCAAGAACGACAGUUGGUUGGAAAGGUUUAAUUAACGACCCAGAUAUCGAUGGUACUUUCCAUAUAAAUAAGGGGUUGAGAAUUGCGAGAAAGUUGUUUGUUCAAUUAACCUCAAAAUUACCAAUUGCUGGUGAAAUGUUGGAUACAAUCUCACCACAAUUCUUGUCUGACUUAUUCUCAGUUGGAGCUAUUGGUGCAAGAACAACCGAAUCACAAUUGCACAGAGAGUUGGCAUCGGGGUUAUCAUUCCCAGUUGGGUUCAAAAACGGUACCGAUGGUACUUUGGGUGUUGCUAUUGACGCUUUGAGAGCUGCUUCUCAUCCACAUCAUUUCCUUUCAGUCACAAAACCUGGUGUUGUCGCAAUUGUUGGAACUGAUGGUAACCAAGACUGUUUUGUUAUAUUAAGAGGUGGUAAAAAGGGAACCAACUAUGAUGCAAAAUCCGUACAAGAGACACAACAAGAAUUAAUCAAAUCAAAAGUUGUUACUGAAAGUAAGCCUGGUCCAAGAAUUAUGGUUGACUGCUCCCAUGGUAAUUCUAACAAAGACCAUAGAAACCAACCGAAAGUUGCCCAAGUAGUUGCUGAACAGAUAGCUGGUGGUGAUAAAACCAUAUGUGGAUUAAUGAUUGAAAGUAAUAUAAAUGAUGGAAGACAAGAUGUACCACCAAAAGAACAAGGUGGUAAAGAUGCUUUGAAAUAUGGUGUUUCCAUCACAGAUGCUUGUAUCGGUUGGGAAACCACCGAGGAAGUGUUGGAUAUGUUGGCUAACGCAGUCAAAACCAGAAGAUCUUUAUAA